CCAGCAUGAUCUUCACAUAUUCCCCCGGAUUACAACAUCGAGAGCCGCAACAAUGUCACGAACCUGACCGACGGUAGGGCGGAAAAAGAGCAAAAAUCGCACAGCAGGAAUGACGGCGAAGAGCGAGAGAGGAUCUGCUAAACAUCUGACGAUGCAGGUCCUCUCAUCUCUCCCCCUCUCUGUGCUUCUCUCUCUCACUUUUUCAGGCAAACACCGAGAAUUUGGUGAGCAUAUCAGAAUGAUCAAACACGAAUCAUAGCCCGGGACUAUGGCAGAAAUUAUAUUGAUCAGUGUGUAAAUAGUGAGGGAAGGGAGAGUGCGCGCCUCGGAUGCAUCGCUCUGUGGGAGAGCUUUGGUGUAUAUGGAUGAGGAUGUAUAUGUCAAUCUGCGGUAUGCGGAAACGAAGAGACGGGGAAGCGGAGAGAGAUGUGUCUGCGGUGAGGAGGACACGUGGGACAGCGGGACCCUCCCUCAUCCCGAGCAGCCCCCUCCUCCCGUUGCCAGGGAGAGAUGAGACAGGCCGGCUGCUGCUGCUGAGGUGGACGGCCGAGCAGGAGUCGAAGAGGGGACAAGCGAUUAACCACCCCUUCAUUUCCUCACUGCACGGGUACGAAUGUCUGAAUGGUGAUGAACGCGGCGGCCGUUCCAUUACAUCUCAUCUUUGGAAACGUGUUCACAUAUCGAAGAAAAUGAAUGGUCUGCCCACCGGGAAAGAUGUCGGCAGUCCGCCGCCGCAGCUGUUCAACUGCGCCCACGCUGACUGUGGAGCGACUUUCACCAGACAGUGGAAACUGAAGCAGCACGAGACUGUGCACACAGGAGCGAGCCCGUGUCUCUGCACCAUUGCUGGCUGUGGUCAUCGUUUCACGAGAAAAUCCCACCUGAGCCGCCACAUGCUUCGGCACAGAGGGGUGAAGCAGUUCCAAUGCAAAUUAGCGAGCUGCACGCAGAGUUUCUUCCACGCAGACAAACUGAAAAGACAUAUUCGCUACGCCCACGGAGACAAAGACAAGUAUUUCAAGUGUAGUCAGCCAAACUGCUCGUUGACAUUCAAAAAACGCAGACUGUUUAAACUGCAUUUAAAGGAGCAUGGAGUGCCUGCUAACUUAAAGUGUUCGAAGGCUGGAUGUGCUGCCACGUUUGACUCCCAUAUUGAACGCAAAGCCCAUGAGAAGAGGCACGCAGGUUACUGCUGCCCUCAUAACUGCGAGCUGUUUGAACACAUGUGGAGCAAACUUCAGAAGCACAUUAGUGCCAAACACCAGGCGACAUUCACAUGCCAAGUGUGCAAGAAAGAGUUUGCGAAAGCAGAUGCUCUGCGGCGGCACAAACGGACCCAUGCUUCCCAUAAGCCUGUGCUGGUUUGUCCCAGGGACAACUGCCAGGCUUACUUCUCUACUACCUUUAACUUGCAACACCACAUCCGCAAGGUGCACCUCCAGCUCCUCAAAUACAGAUGCUCCUUCCCUGACUGCCCACGCAAAUUUGCCAUGAGGGAGAGUGUGACCAGACACCUGCUUUGCCACGACCCAGAUGCCACCACACUAAAGAAACGUCUGAGGCCUAAGAAGUCCUGGCAGAAGCGUGUGAACGGACACCAUCUGCCCCUUGUGGAGGAAAACCUGCAUAAUCUCUUUGCGCUGCGUAUGCGGAUCUCCCGACGUGCCAAAGUGGAAACCAACCUCCAGGGCCUCUUCAAUGAACGCAAGAUCCCUCAUUAUGUUGACCCUGAAGUCAACCUGCGCAAGUUGUUUGGUAUCAAACAGCCUUACAUUUUCGAAGAGAAGCCUGAGCUUGCACCACUAAAAGUAUAAAUGAUAAUGCCUCCCAAUAUCACCGCAGUUUGAUGGUUAAGUUUGAAUUUCCUGAAAUCUGUUAUUGGCUUAAGUUGGGCUGAUUUUCUUUAUUUUUGAGAAAGAUGGGUCUGUUUGGUUCAGUUAUUUAAUGUAGAUGGCAUACAUUCAAAUAUUUAUAUUUCAAAGUAUUAAUUUGAAUAUGACUUGACGCAUUGAUUGUCAAGCUUUAUUGAAUUCUAGUUCUUGGAGACAGAGGGUUUUCUCGAAAUGCUUAAUUUAUAAUGCAUCAUGUGCUGACCCAAUAAAAUGAGUUACAUUUUGAUCAAAGUUUAAA